AUGGACAAAAAGCCAUCCGUGGGCUAUUUAGGCAUGGGCAUCAUGGGCUCUGCUAUGGCGGGGCGAUUAGUCGAUGCCGGCUACCCUGUUACAGUGUGGAAUCGAUCCCGGGACAAGUGUGCUGCCUUGGAGGCAAAGGGCGCCAAGGUCUCCGAGACUGCGCAGGAGGUCGUAGAGACCUGUGACGUGACUUUUGCGUGCACUUCGGACCCCACCUCGGCAAGAGCCGUGGUGUUCGGGGAGAAAGGAGUUCUGGCAGGCAUUACGAAGGGGAAGCGCUUUGUCGAUAUGUCUACCGUAGACGAGGAAUGUGUGAAGGAAAUCGCCGAGGCCAUCACUGCGAAAGGGGGCAGGUUUGUUGAGGCACCAGUCAGCGGUUCCAAGGGUCCAGCGCUGCAAGGCCAGCUGGUGAUCCUAGCAGCGGGCGAGGAAGCCCUCCAGAAGGAGGUGCAGCCGUGCCUUGACGUCUUGGGCAAGAGAACGUUUUUCCUCGGGGAGGUGGGAUGUGGAGCGAGGAUGAAGCUGGUCAUCAACAUGGUGAUGGGUAUCAACAUGGUCGCUCUUUCUGAAGGUCUCGCAGUGGGACAGAAAGCAGGCCUGCAAGGGAAGGAUAUCCUGGAGGUCAUCAAGGAGGGCGCCAUUGCGUCGCCGAUGUAUGGCCUGAAGGGCCCCAAAAUGCUGGAUGGUGACUUUGCUCCCAACUUCCCGCUAAAGCACCAGCAGAAGGACGUAAGGUUGGCCGUGGAUCUCGGUGACAAGGUAGGUCAGUCGAUGCCGCUAGCAGCUGCUGCCAACGAGGCUUUCAAGGCAGCUCGAGCCGCGGGCAAGGGAGACGAGGACUUUUCAGCCGUCUAUGCCACGGUGAACCGAUGA